AUUCUGUUAAACAGUUAACUGGGAAGUCAAGUUUGCGGACUUUUCUACGCUCUGUGUUCUGCUUAGUGUUUAGCAAAGCAAUAUUAAAGUGCAUGUACGUGCAAUUUUUUACGUAAAUGUUAUCUUCCCUACGAUUUAGAUAUAUUUUAAGAAAAGCGUUUCUUACAAGGAAACUGAUUCAUGGAUUAGCCAGAAACCGGUAAACAUUUAUAGUUGUUUUGACUGUAUUACCUUACUAAAACAUUAAAUUAAUCACGGUUACGUAACGAAUUACUCAAAGCUCCAAAGGUUCUCCUGACGGUUGUUCCAGACACGGAGAGCACGAGGACACCAUAAAACGUUACCGCUUUCAGGAGUCUCUCACCAACACCUGCAGCCUGCGACACUUUUCUAACGUUACAGAAUUCAGCAUGAAGAAGCUGUUUGUGGACGUGGACUGUGGUGUGGAUGAUGCUCAGGCUAUCAUGAUGGCUUUGGCAGUGCCUGGCGUGCAGAUCCUGGGCAUCAGCUGCGUUCAUGGCAACACGUCAGUGGAGAAUGUGUGCAAGAACGUCCUGCGCAUUCUCAAAGUCUGUAAGCAUCUGGAGAUUCCUGUGUUUCGUGGAGCAAAUAAACCUCUACUGGGACAGGUAGUCGGCACUGGAGACUUUCAUGGUAAAGAUGGACUGGGGGACGCACCGGACCCUGAAGCUCCUGGUCUGGAUCUUGUCCAGAAGGAAGGCGCAGUGUCUGCAAUGAUCCGAAUAGUCAAUGAGAACCCCGGAGAGGUGUCUUUAGUGGCCACGGCACCACUGACCAAUGUGGCUCUGGCAGUCAAACUCGACCCCUCAUUACCACAAAAACUCAAAGGCCUUUACAUUAUGGGCGGCAACACUGACUCUCGAGGAAACACCACGAUGUGUGGAGAAUUCAACUUUGCAGCUGAUCCUGAAGCAGCUUAUAUUGUCCUCAAUGAGUUCACCUGCCCGGUUUACAUUGCAGCCUGGGAGUUCACCUGCCACAGUAAAUUACCCUGGGAGUUCUGUGACGGUUGGCUGGCGCAGGACACGGAUAAAGCUCGCUUCAUGAAGCAGAUCUUCCAGCACAGCAUGAAGAACAGCUACAGCGAGAGGAUCGAGAAGGAGCUGGUGGCGGGACAGGGCUUCAUCUCCUGCGACUCUUACGCCAUCGCGGCGGCCAUUGAUGACACCAUUAUCCUGGAAAGUCUAGAGAGAGCCGUGACGGUGGAGCUGGCGGGAAACUGCUGCCGCGGCAUGAUGGUGGUGGAUCAUCUGGAUCUCCUGCAGAAGACUCACAAAGCCCACAUCCUCAAGAAGGUAGACUUAGAGAGGUUUAAAGAGCUCCUGAUGAACGCUUUAAAAUAAUGAUGACAUCCAUAGCUGUAUAUAGUACUAUAUACAUGUUGGUAAUCAAUUGCUAUUGGCUAUUAUAUACACACGUUAAUAAUCAAUUGCUGUUGGCUAUAUUAUGUGAUUAUAAAAUCAUGAUGACUGAAAACCAUUCCCGCAUAGUUGGUUUGGAUAAAAAACGUUUGUUGAAUGUUAGAUGAAGUACAUUUUUAUAAUUAAAAUACUACUGGUUUAA